GUCGUUUACCGGUUUGUUGUUGAUGAAAUGGCAGAGGUCAGCCAGCGGCUCGGGACCAGAGCCUACCGGCUUACAGCCCUCGGUCCCGGCCUGGCUCGCACCUUGUGCCCCAAAGGAACCAGCGGACUCCUUCCGAUAAACAGCGUCUGUACCCAGAGGCAUUAUAAGGAGGAAGCUACCUAUUUGUUCAUAAGAAGAGCCUCUCAACGCAGUUCUGAGAAACUUUCCAGAGAGAGGACGCUCUUAUGUAUGAAGUCACCCUGGACCAGAGGAGCUGCUUCAAUCCACCCUAACGCCUUCAGGUCCUCCCAGCAAGUCAGAGCUCUCAGCACUGUCCUCUUCAUCCUAACAGAGGAUAGAUCAGGAUGUGGAUCUUCACUGAAACAUCUGAAAGCUCUCUCUGAUCCUUUUAAAGCAUCUUCUAAAGCUAGAUGUUACAGCAGGAGGUCAGAGGAGGCUCAUCUGCUGCACAGGAGUAAAACCGCCUACUACGACAUCCUUAAAGUGUCCCCCAGUGCAACGCAGUCGCAGAUCAAAACGGCGUACUACAAACAGUCCUUCAUCUACCACCCUGACAAGAACCUGGGCAGCAAGGAAGCCACAGAGCGCUUCUCUGAGAUUAGCGAAGCAUACUCCGUGCUGGGCAACAUCAGCCUAAGGAGGAAGUAUGAUCGAGGGAUCCUGACCCAGUCUGAUCUUCAAAGCCCAGGGAAGCCAUCUUCUAAACACACAUCCAGCAGAUCCACAGGCUCCCAGCAGCAGCAAUAUCAUCAUCAGCACAGAGCCAGGCGGUUCUCCCAAACUGGUGGAAAGCCCAUGUUUGAUUUUGAUGCAUUUUUUCAGGCUCAUUAUGGAGAGCAGCUUCAGAGGGAGAGAGACUUAAAAGCCAAGAAGAAGCAGAUGGAGGAAAUGCAGAAAGAGAAGGCUAACCAGUUCAGGCAGCAGAAGACUCUAGAGUUCACUUUGGUGAUGAUGUUGGCCAUGUCAGGGAUCCUCUUCGUCAGUCUAGCAAAGCCUUAAGCAAGCAGCACCAGUACCAGCCGGUGGUUGUGUUUCUCUGGGUUGGACUGAAGCACGGCCUGUGAUUGAUAAACUGUCACAAUGUUUUGAAGCUAAAUUGCAGUGUACCUGAAAUCAAAUCAGAGCUUUUACGCCUACUUUAUAAAGUAUGACUCCUGAGUGAGAAAUACUUGUUCUCCUUAAAUCAAAAUCUGUGCAGAUGAGCUGUUUAAGAUUUCACAUGGUUUGAUUUAAUGAUCCCUAAGUAUCAUACUUUUCUGUUUCUCAUGUUGAACAGCUUUCCAUAAUUAAAAUUCAUAGAAGUUACUUUCUGAAUAAGAUCAAAGUAUUACCUUCAGAUCUGCAUCAUUGAUUCAGCCAAAUAUGGUCAUGCUCUUUGUAAACAAUGGUAUGUUUCCUUUAAAUUUCUUUCAUUUUUCGAUUUUAGGCACCUUAAAGUGAUUUUUAUUACUCUCCAGAUAAGGCCUAAAGAAGAAAGGAUGCUUUCUUUUUGUAAAACAAACAAUGCACAAGCAUUUCACUUGUUUUCCUUAAUACUGGAUCUAUAACAGUAAGACGAAGUGAGCAGUGUAAAUAUUAUCGGUUAACAGCAAAUGUAAACAUCUGUUUGUUUGCCAUCAGGUGUAAACAUGUAUAUAAGUCUAUGUACUGUACAUGGAUAUUGCCUCUAUAUGAUUGAGAAGGUAUU